AGCCUCGCCUCCAACAAUCCCUUCCGCAACAUGCGCACUGCUUCUCCGUCCUUCCCCACGACGCCUACAUCGCCCUUUGACGACCCGAUGCCGUCCCAACGCCCUCUAUCGCGGAAUCCUUUCCUGGACCAGCCUCUGGCACCGCGGCCGGCUGACAACCUGGCUGCUCCUGCCGGUCCCGACAAGACUCAGUCUCUCACUGCCGAAGACAUCUUUGGGUCCCUGACGCUCGACGACUCUCCCGCCUUUUCAGUAAAGCAGCAGCCCAGCGACUCGCAGCCCAAGAAGCGUCCCACAGACCGGCCGGCGCCUGCUCGUCGUGAAAGCGAAAGCCAGGCAUCCAGCAAGCAUCGCCCUACUCGCUCCCAAGAAGAGGCACUGAGAGCCCGCAAGCCAGCGCCAAAGAACGCGGCGUCGAGCACUACCCGCCCCAGCCUUUUGGACGACUCGCCGCCCCGUAAGCCGGUGCAGCGACGCCCAAGACGCAACUCUGACUCGUCAGCCAUGGAUUUCGAUUCGAAAUCUCUCACUGCUGAGGAGAGGAGGAUGAUUGAGGCCAAGCGUCGGGAAAAGAGCAAGGCCAAGCAGCGCCCCAGCCGCAAAAUGGACAUUAUUGAUCAGCUGGACGCCACCAGCAUUUAUGGAACAGGCUUAUUCCACCAUGAUGGGCCUUUUGAUGCCCUCAACCCUCACCGAAAUCGUCAGAACAGCAAGAAGUUGUCUCCGAUGCAAGCCUUCCCGGAGGGCUCUCUGAACAACACACUUGGCGGCUCUGGCCCACUCAACGCCUCGGCUGACCAUUCCAACUUUAUGGGUCACGGAUCUGGCGAAGCCUUCCAUGACUACGCCGCCAGCGGCAAGGGCAAGAAUCGAGAACCCGUCAUCUUUGACUCAGCGGCUCGUGCCAGUCUGGUGCACGGAGAUGAGUCUCAUGGACUGGGCACUUCGACCUUCCUCGAGGGAACGCCGGCUGCACGAUCGGCCAUUGUCCGCCGAAAUGAAGAGCAGGCUCAGGAGAUUGCCGAAGGUGGCUUGCAGCGGAAGAAGUCUGUAGCACAGAGAAUCAGAAACAGGGUGCGACCAGACUACAGCAACAGACCCAUGCCAGGCCACGGCCGGUAUGAAUCCGACGACUUUGGCGAGUUUGGCGGCCGUGAAGAGGCCAGAGCCCCGAGACCACCUCCUCGUGAGCGUGAGCGCGAGCGCGACGGCAGGCCUUCGCCGCCAUUGAAGCCACGACAAAACUCAGCAGCAGGUGCGCUGGAGGGACGAUCCUCGGAAGCACUGCCAUCUCCAUCUGAGGAGAUGCCCGCCAAGCCAUCAGGCCUCUUGGGCCGGAUGAAGAGUUUGAAGGGCGGCAGGCGACCAACCAGGAAUGCCGAGGCACCGGGGAUGGCU